GGAAUUCAUACCUGAGCACUGCCAGGUGAUGUUCCAAUUGUAUUAAAUGCCAGUCCUUUGUCAAUAAGCAAGGAAAACACGCUCCUCUCCCCGCCUCCUCCAGCUCCUUUGAUUCAUUUCAAAUUGGGAGGCUGUUUAUUUGCAGAGAAGUUAUGAUUGUUUUAUGGCAAGUGAUUUUAGGCUUCGAUUACAAUUAGGGAACUGUGUUGCUACUGAAAACACAAAAGUGGAUGAUAUUUAAAAAUAAAUAUGGGUAGUCACACAGCUCCGGCAAAAUAAUGACUCUUGACAAAAUAAAUCUUGUUGAAAGUUGAAAGCUGAAUGCUGCCUGUUUUGCUUCGUGUCAAUCUCGUUUUCAUUUACUCAAACAAUGUUUGUAUAUUACAGAUUUUUUAAAAAGGUAUUUAAUGGUGCUCUGAACUAAGCUUAGAUUUAUGUCUCCUAUCAUUGCUUUGCAAAAUAACAUUGCAAGGCAUGAGUACCCAUGUUGUUUGGGUGCAUGUUUAUUCUAUAAAAAAGUUUUAAUUUUUUUUAGGGGAGAAAGAUGUAAAGACUAUGCAAAGGGUAGGAAAGAGAUGUGACAAAAGGCAUUAGGAUCAUGGAAAAAUGGAUAAAAACAUGGCUAGGAUCCUAAGGAACAAUAUGUCAUUCUGCAUAACUAAAGGAAUUUGAGGCUGGAUUUUAUGAGUGGUAGCUGCCAUACUAUUGCAUAGCAAACCUUUUCAAAGAGGCAGAAUUUGCAAAGACUCUUUGUCAUAAUGACAAGUUAAAAAAAAACUUCACGCCCAAGCUGUUGGAUGUGCCCAGAGUAGCUCUGUCGCAGGGGUGGGGGACUCUUUUUUUUGGCUCUUUAAGGUAGUUGAAAAAGCAAUAAUUCUUUAGACCAAUUCUAACAACAAUAAGAUUAUUAUUGAUUUUUCACGUAAAAAAUGGAGCUGCGAGGGCAGCUUGUAGCCCAAAUGUAAAUAUCAACCUUUGCCAAGGGCUCUGAGUCCUGCUCUGUGUAAUGCCACAUAAUAUUAUAUUUAGCAUUGCUAAUUUUGAUGGUCCAGUUUUUGUUUCGGAAUGGAGAGAAUGAGAGACACAAAAUAGGUGUAUAAUGGCAAUAUUUUUAUGGUAUGGUGCCUGCAAGCCUCUGAGGUAAAUUGAAGUUUAAUUUGGCAAAAUGGAAGAAACAGCAAAACUUGGGUGUGGGUGGAUUUAAGUAGAUCAUUAGGUUUAUUGCAUGCAAGGUUUGUUGCAUGCCCCCUCUAAGAAUUCCUGCCUUGCAGGGGGUUGGACUAGAUGACCCUUAGGAAUCCCUUCCAACUCUACAAUUCUAUGAUUCUAAGUAUCUUCUCUCUGGUCUAAACUUCUCUGUGUGCCCAUUCAAGCUUGCUCCCUUUUUCUCUGUACCUUCUCACACUUUCAUUCUUUUUGAGUGCCUGUUAAUUGCAGCAUCUUAAAGCAGCCAAGGGUUUGAGUGGCCCCUCCCAUAAAUCCAGUUCUUCCUUAAAGUCUUUGGCUUAACAAGGACAAAACCUUAGCAUGUGUUAACUGUGUUUGCUUAAAGCGAUCCCUUGUCAUUCAGCCUGGACACUGAGAUCCAGCACCGAGGGCCUUCUGGCGGUUCCCUCAUUGCGAGAAGUGAGGUUACAGGGAACCAGACAGAGGGCCUUCUCGGUAGUGGCACCCGUCCUGUGGAACGCCCUGCCAGCAGAUGUCAAGGCAAUAAGUAACUACAGUGGAACCUCGGUUUAUGAACACCUCGGUUUACGAAUUUUCGGUUUACGAACGCUGCGGAGCCAUCUGGAACGGAUUAAUUCCCUUUCCAUUACUUUCAAUAGGAAAGUUCACUUCAGUUUAUGAACACUUCAGUUUAUGAACAGACUUCCGGAACCAAUUACACCCAUGCUUCGGGUUAAGUACGCUUCAGGUUGAGUACUCCGUGGACCCAUCUGGAACAGAUUAAUCCACUUUCCAUUACUUUCAAUGGGAAGGUUCACUUCAGUUUAUGAACGCUUCAGUUUAAGUACUCCGCGGACCGCCUGGAACAGAUUAAUCCACUUUCCAUUACUUUCAAUGGGAAAGUUCGCUUCAAUUUAUGAACGCUUCAGUUUAUGAACAGACGUCCGGAACCAAUUGUGUUCAUAAACCGAGGUACCACUGUAUUUUACUUUUAGAAGACAACUGAAGGCGGCCCUGUUUAGGGAAGUUUUUAAUGUUUAAUGCUGUACUGUUUUAAUAUUCGGUUGGAAGCUGCUCAGAGUGGCUGGGGAAACCCAGCCAGAUGGGCAGGGUAUAAAUAAUAAAAUUAUUAUUAUUAUUAUUAUUAUUAUUAUUAUUAUUAUUAUUAUUAUUGUCACCCUCACCUUUUUCCUUUCCACCCUUUUGUUGUGUUCUGAAUGUCAGUAACUUACAUGUUACUGGAGUAAGAAGUUACAGGUCCCAGCGGUUUUGUCCUUGUGCCCCCCCCCAACCCUCUCUUUAGCGCUACAUUGGAGUGAAUGUCAACCUUGAGAAAACCCGACUGACUCAGGUGUAAACAGCAGAGUUCCCCCUGGAAUUUUUUAGGGACCAUCUGCGCAAACUUCUUGAUGGUUUGUGCCCUGUCUCAAAGUAAAAAAAAAUUACAGCUUGAGCAGAUCCUGACUAAAAUGUUAAUUGAGGCAUUUUAUUACGAAGUUCAGGUAGCAUUUAACUGUGGGCUCUGUAUCUUAUCAGUCUCACAGACAAUCAUGCAUGUUUACUCAAAAGUAAAUCCUAAUGUGCUCAGUUGGUCUAAUCUUUAUGUAAGUGUGCAUAGGAUUGCAAUUCUAGAGCUAUUUAUAAGUGUCUGUCGUUUUCCAGGUGUUUAAACUAGUACAUAUAAAAUAUUUCACUAUAAGGUUGCAUAUUUAUCACAUUACUCCAUGUGUCAAGCAAACAUUUUAGUUGAGGCAGUGGAGGUGAUUCCCCCCCCCCAAUAUUUCAUGUAAUUGUACCAGUUCAUUUUUUGUAAGUGCUCGUCAGUUUACUAUCUUACAUAUGAUUUGGACCAGUAUGAACUCUUUCUUAUGAAGCAGACGGACUACUACUUAUUCCUCCUUGAUAUGCUGAGCAAAAAAGUAAUCUCAAAUAGUAUUUUAAUUCUCAGGAGGGAAAACUGCUUUCGCUGAAAAGUAUAUUUCCAAUCUUGGAGCACUAAAAUCUUUUCUGUAACUUUGUAUAGUAGGUUUCUGAAAUUGCAUGUAGGAUGUACAUUAAUUUUAUUUUUUCCUUUCCAUUUCUCUUUCACCCUACCGAUGAUAAAGAGAAUGAUCAAAAGUGUUACUUUUGAGCAGGUUUCUGUUUCAGUGAUUACUCCUAGAGGCAAUUUAGUUUUGUUUGCUUAUUUGAUGCUUUUGUGCAGAAUCUGGAGUUACACAUUAAGGCAGGUGAGGUCAUUUGGGGUGGGGAUAUAGCAGGAUAAACUGUUCGUAAAGUAGAGAAUAAAGUUUGACUAUAUUUUGUGGCAUUGAGGCUCAUGUAAAGGAAGGACAAAGUAGAACACAAGCGUGGGCGUACUCAAUGAAUUUUUGACGUUCCCUAUCAAAAGUGGCUUUCUAUGUGGCACGGAAAUUUCCUACUGAAUAAAUGUAAGCCAGAUGUCCCAUUGGGCAUGCCUGGAAUUAAUUGUGCAGCUAGACCCCAACAAACUACAAAAAUAAACAAAUCCCUUCUUGUUACUACUGCACACCAACAUAACCGGGUUCAGGUGAGUUCAAUUAAAUAUUCCGAUAAUAAAUCAUCAGCAUAGCUUUAAUCAGCAUUACCUUGGGGACUUUUCUAUUCUUACCUAAGGAUUGUGUUAUACGGGAACUUACAAGAACUUACAAGAAGAAGCAGCAAGAAAAGAUAAGAAAAGAAGAAAUGUAUUAACAUUGGAUUUAGCCCCAUAGGUUAUACACCGUACAUAUAAACUAUAUAUGUUGCACAUACUGGACUAGACCUUUACAAAAGGAAAUAACCAGUAAAAUUUUCACAAUUAUUAUCAUUCAGCCUGUAUGCGCUUUGUGUAUUGUGACAACUGUAUUUGUGUAGCAAGGUACAGUGGUACCUUGAUUUGCAACCGUUUUGGAUUACAACCACGUCAAACCCUGAAGUGUGUGUCCCUUUUUUUGGAUUACAACCCAUUUUUUUUAUUACAACCCACUUUUUUCGGAGGCCCCAUUGGUGAAAGUGGGCCUUGGGUUAAAACCUGUUUUGGUUUAUAACUGGACCUCCAGAAUGGAUUGUGGUUGUAAACCAAGAUAUCACUGUAUUGAACUUGUUUUAAUCAGCAUUAAAGCAUCGUCACGGUAACCAGAGAGUCAGGGAACCAGAACUAAGGCUCAGGAAACGGCUGUGCAAACUAAUUCAUCUUUGAUAGCUGUUGGAAGCAUCCCCAGUUGGUGCCUGCCUGAUCUCAAAGGCGAGAGCAUUCCACAUGGGAGGUGCCACAACAGAGAAGGCCCUUCUCAGCACUCUGGUAGGACCUUCUGCAGGUUGUGGUGUGGACCAGAGGACGAUGUAUAUGAGAGGAGACAACCCCUCAAAUAACCUGGUCCUUGUUGUGUAUUGAGUCAAAGGAUUUUAUAUCUGUAUUAUUAUUGUCUGUAUUUGCAUUAGGAUAAAGUAACUGCCUUUUGGUUCCAGAGGGUACAGCUACUAUUGGUUCAUUUAAGCUGCUGUAUUUGGAUCCUCUGUCUUAUUGGUUUCCUCCAAAAGGCAGCACUGUGAUUGCUUGAUAUUGUUCCCUCCAAAAUGUAUCCCUUCCUAGCUAGUCCCCUGUCCCUAUAAAUGUAGCUUUCCUCUCCUCAGUCUUCAGUCUUGUUCACUUUAAUAAAGAGCUGUUACUAGAGAACUGUCUCCAGCAUGUUUUGUCAAGAGAGCUGAAAUCACAAACCCCACGUCACAACAACUGGCGACGAGGAUGGGAUCCGGAAUGCUGAGGAGCGGUUAAACACAACCCUGCCUCAGAGUCCGGAUUGCAGCUGAGAACAAGACUCACUGGCCAGCUGAGAAGACGACCCUGCCCGCUAGGACAAUGGAGAGUCCAAGGGUAUUGGAGCCCUUCCAGCCAUCAGAGCCCCACACCUGGGAAGACUACGUCGAACGCUUCGAGUUCUUUGCAGUGGCUCAAGGGAUCACCGAUGCCAGCAAAAGAAGGGCCACAUUCCUGAGCUACUGUGGGCCCGAGACCUUCAAGCUGGCCAAGGCAUUACUUGCUCCAGCGAAGCUGAGUGAGACAUCUCUCAAAGAUAUUCUUGCCUGCCUAACAAGCCACUUGGCGCCUACUGAGACCAAGAUGGCCCGGCGGAUGGAGUUCCAUAAGAGGCAGCAGCAUGCUGGGGAGUCUGUAUCCACAUUUCUGGCUGAACUCCGGAAGCUCGCUCAGCACUGCGGCUUCCAAAAUCUGGAAGAGACUCUCCUGGAUCGGUUUAUUGGUGGUCUGAGCAGCAAGAAAGCCAGAAGACGCAUCGUGGCUAAAGAAGAGGUUACCCUUGCUUCAGCCUUGAAAGAGGCCACCGCCACGGAGAAUUAUGAAAGAGAGGAGCUUGAUGCCAGUCGCAAGGCCACUAAGCCACAGAUAGAAGUUGCGCAUACCAUGGACGAGCUAGAGGCUACUCCGAGCCAGAGCCCAGUCCGUGGGGUCGAGUUGGUGCGUCAGGCCUGCACAGUGCACAAAGAUCGCCGAGGCAGUUGCCCAGGUUGUGGCGGAAACCAUGAGCGGAAGAGUUGUCGUUUCAGGGAUGCUAUGUGCCGGACGUGCGGAAAGACGGGUCACAUCGCCAGGGUCUGUAGAUCGGCGGCGUCGGGAGCAACAGGAGCACCUAGACUGGAGCAUCGCAGACCGCCCACAGCAACUCGUUUUCUAAAGGACUGCCACUACGUAACGGAGAUCAACGGGAGGGCCGUGCAGUUUCCAGCGCAAGGCAAGGCACACGUCAAGGUGAAGAUUGAGGGUCAGCAGUGCGACAUGGAGGUGGACUCCGGAUCUGCAUUCACCAUCGUGUCGGACCAGACCGCGAAGACAUUCUUCCCCAGGGGUAAGUUGCCCCCUCUGGAGCCCUUCCCGGCAACCUUGCAGUCGUACUCAGCAGGCCGCAUCCAUGUUAUGGGAAUGUGUGCCGUGAGAGUACAGUUCCGGGACAAACAGGCUGUACUCAAACUGGUGAUUGCAAAGGGCAGUCGCCCCAGUCUCCUGGGCACUGACUGGUUCCCCGCCCUGGGACUGAGUAUCUCAGGGCUUAAUUCAAUCCAAACCUGCCCUGAGAUGAGCGAGGCAUUAUGCAAGGAAUUUGCUGGUCUCUUUAAUGGAAAACUGGGUUGUUAUAAAGGGCCCCCAGUUGACUUCGAGUUGGACCCCGGUGUGGCCCCAAUCCGACUCAAACCAAGGCGAGUGCCAUUUGCACUGCAACCCAAGAUCGAGGCAGAGCUGGAUAAAUUGGUCAAGCAGGGAGUUCUCUCACUCGUGGACUCUGCUAAGUGGGAGACUCCAAUCGUCACACCCCUUAAAGCAAAUGGGGAAGUCAGGAUAUGUGCAGAUUACAAAUGUACUAUCAAUAAGGCACUCAGGGGAAACUCAUACCCCAUUCCAGUUGUAUCACAUCUGUUGGCUAAACUGGCUGGGGGCAAGGUGUUCGCCAAAAUUGACCUGGCACAAGCUUACCAACAGCUGCCAGUAACCCCACAAUCAGCGGAAGCACAGACUAUUGUCACACAUAAAGGGGCGUUCAGAGUUAACAGAUUACAGUUCGGAGUUUGUGUGGCCCCAGGGAUUUUUCAAGGGCUCAUGGAACGCCUGUUAAGAGGUCUGCCGGGGGUCUUGCCAUUUUUUGAUGAUGUUUUGAUUGCUGGAAAAGACCCACAGGAACUGGUUGCGCGUGUCCGUGCAGUGUUGCUCAAGUUCAAGGAGGUGGGGUUGCAACUGAAAAAAGAAAAAUGCAGUUUUGGGGUGCCAACUGUGGAUUUCUUGGGGUUUAAAAUUGAUGCAUCAGGCAUCCACCCCACAGAUGCUAAGAUUAAGGCCAUCAUCGAGGCACCACGACCACAGAACAAGACGGAGUUGCAGUCAUUCCUGGGACUUAUUAACUUUUAUCAUUCGUUCUUACCCCAGAAAGCUUCGGUAGCUGAACCAUUACAUAGACUAUUGCAGAAAAAGAUUGUGUGGCGAUGGGGGCGGGAGCAGCAGAAGGCUUUUGACUCCUUGCGAGGAAUGCUGAGUAGCGGGAGCGUCCUUGCUCAUUAUGAUGAGUCAAAGCCGCUGGUCCUGGCAUGUGAUGCCUCUCAAUACGGUCUGGGGGCUGUGCUGAGUCAUAGGGAACCGGAUGGGUCGGAAAAGCCCAUCUCUUUCUAUUCCCGUACGUUGUCGCCCACAGAGCGCAACUAUGCUCAAAUUGAUAAAGAGGCGCUGGCUAUUGUGUCCGGAAUCAAAAGGUUCUAUGAUUAUUUGUACGGUCGCCAUUUCUCCAUUGAAACGGACCACAAACCACUGUUAGGGUUGUUCAACCCAAACAAACAAACGCCACAAAUUCUCUCCCCCAGAAUGUUGCGUUGGUCAAUAUUCCUGAAUGGGUUCCAGUACACCUUGACCCAUGUGCCGGGGAAACAGUUGUGCCAUGCUGAUGCGCUGAGUCGAUUGCCCCUUCCUGGCGGGAGCAAUGAGGAUCCUGCUCCGGCGGAGCACAUUAUGAUGCUAGAAACACUUCCGGGGGCUCCUGUAACAGCUACGGAUAUAGCUGAGAAAACUAGGAAAGAUGCUGUUCUCUCCCGUGUGCUCACUUGGGUGGGGAGGGGGUGGCCAGGUGGUCCGCAUGAAGAAAAAUUCAGGCCUUAUGCGACAAGGCAGCACGAAUUGUCCAUGCAUAAGGGUUGUCUCCUAUGGGGAGAUAGGGUGAUAAUCCCAGCACCACUGAGAAACAGGGUUCUUGAGACGCUUCACAUGGGACACCCGGGAAUGGUCAGGAUGAAGUCGCUAGCCCGAUGUUAUGUGUGGUGGCCUGGAAUGGACCAGAACAUAGAACAAUGGGUACGAACAUGCAAGGCAUGCCAAGAGGUGCGGCCAGAAGUGGCCAGAGCACCAGUCCACUGGUGGGAGCAGUCCAGGACUCCCUGGAGCCGGCUGCACAUAGAUUUUGCUGGGCCAUUCCAAGGGAAGGUCUUUUUGGUUAUCGUUGAUGCAUAUUCCAAAUGGUUAGAAGUGGCGAUGGUCCCUAGCAUGGCAUCAGCUGCCGUAAUCAAGGUGUUGAGGCAGCUGUUUGCUACCCACGGGUUACCUGAGACCAUUGUAUCAGAUAAUGGGGCAGCUUUUGUAUCCCAAGAAUUCAGGGCAUUCUUGGCUGAUAACUUUAUAAGAGGGGUCACAUCCGCGCCCUUUCACCCAUCCUCCAAUGGGCAGGCUGAGCGCAUGGUAAGAACAGCCAAAGAAUCCAUUGCGCGCUUAAUGGAGGGUAACUGGUCGGCUCGCAUUGCGCGAAUGUUAUUUUUGCAGCAUGCGACGCCGUGUACUGCGACGGGCAAGUCGCCAGCCGAGCUGCUCUUAGGUAGAAGACUGGUAACGGUGCUGGAUUAUGUCCACCCAGAUAAAAUGCCAAACCGUAAUUCAAGAGCAACCCCCCAGGCUGAGACUGACACAACAAGGUAUCUCGCCCCUGAAGAUCUGGUCUGGGUGAGGAACUAUUCACGAGGUCCGCAGUGGGUGGCCGGUGUGAUCACCCGGGCUAGUGGACCUGUGUCCUAUUAUGUGACCUUGGAAAAUGGGCAAGUUUGGAAGAGACAUAUAGAUCAGCUGAGGCGCCGUGCGCUCAGCAGGGAGGAGUCAGAUAAUUCAUCCCUGGCUAAUGACGCACAGCUGCAAGACCAGAGUGAAAAUGGUCCAGAGGUACAGUCACCAGGGGCUUCAGCAAAUGAACCAGGGUCUGCUAGUCCUUAUGAUGACGAGGUACAGGUCGGGGACCCUGAGAUGUCUGGGACUCCAUCUGUUCCUGAUGAAACCCCUAUAGCAGCCCCUCCACCACAGGUAACACCCAAUCCAGAACCUGCAACACCUUUAUUAAAGUGAACAAGACUGAAGACUGAGGAGAGGAAAGCUACAUUUAUAGGGACAGGGGACUAGCUAGGAAGGGAUACAUUUUGGAGGGAACAAUAUCAAGCAAUCACAGUGCUGCCUUUUGGAGGAAACCAAUAAGACAGAGGAUCCAAAUACAGCAGCUUAAAUGAACCAAUAGUAGCUGUACCCUCUGGAACCAAAAGGCAGUUACUUUAUCCUAAUGCAAAUACAGACAAUAAUAAUACAGAUAUAAAAUCCUUUGACUCAAUACACAACAGUCCUGAGCUGUUCAAGGCUUUUAAAGCCCAAACUAACACCUUAAGCUUGGCUUGGUAGCUAAUCACUUGGUUCUGGGCAAGCAUCUCAGCGCAGAAGAUUUCACAAUCACUGUGCUGUUUAUUGGCGCACAAAUUAUCCCUGCCCUGCAACAGAAAAUUUCUCUGACAAGCCUUAACGAGCUAUCAGAGUUUAAAAUUUGUUUAAAAGGGGCAAAAGAAUGAAAGACUAUAGAAAUAAUUCAUCGUUUUGAACCUAUAGGAUGAGUUUUAAAUAAUAUAUUGGAGUUUAAAUGGAAUCUUUUGCUGCAUCAAUUAAAAAAAAACAAAUUUUUGGUGAUGUGUAACAAAGAUAAUCGUAUACGUCAUAUUAGGACUGACUUGUAAACCAAGUGGAUGACUCUUAGGAUUUUCUAGUAUCUACUUUUCUUGGGUGAAAAUUAGAUGGCUAAUUUAAUGAGCUAUUAAUAUUAACUAGAAGUUCCAAUUCUCUUAUUUGAGUGUGGUAGAAUAUCUAAAGUAUAAAAAUGCUGCAGUGCAUACGACAUGAAUGAAAUUCAAUUUGAAAUAUUACUAUAUCAACAGAAUUGUUAUGUCCUCACAAUAUUAAUCCAUUGGUGUGGACAGAGCAGUGCUGGAAGUUUUCUUUCCUGCUUUGACCUUACAUUUUUGUGUGCAUGAACAUAACACUGCCUACUAUUUCUGGAGAAGGAAAAGAAAUUCCGAGCAGUGCUGUGUAUUCACUCACUACAGCUCUUUGCACCCAGGUCAGAUACUUGCCAAAUGAGGAGUGGCCAGAGACAAAACGGCCUUGAAAAGAGGGCGCUCACAGGGGACAUCAGUGAACAGAAAGCAACAAAGUGUGGUGCGAUAAAGAGCAGUGGGGUUUUGCUCAGGAUGGAGAAUAUUUUAAAGAGACAGUACUUUGUAGGAGCGCUUUCAUGGAUCUUUAUGAAGUUGGCAACGUCUCUUGUACAGAGCUUGCAUGUUCUGACAUAAAGGAACAUUUCUGAACAAUGGCUCAGUUUUGAGGAAAGAGUAUGGGAUUAUGUGCUACCUUGGAAGGUGUGUGGAGCUUGGUGAGAAACCAAGCGGUCCUUUUGAAGGGUGACAAUUACUAAGUUUUGAGAGGAGUUGGCUGACUUUAUCUGGAGAAAGGGAGGAGCUGCUGCGCCUCUCCUAUUGUGUGUACCAGGCUGUUGAUUUUAUAGUUUCUUUGCUUCUCGCUGUACUGUACUGUUGUCCAGGUGAGGUAUGAGUGGAGAAAGCAGUUUUGGCAGAUACUCAUUCCCUGUUUAGUUUGGUCCAGUGCACAGUCGGAGGUAAGUGAUAAUUUUUGCGAGGGUAAUGGAGGGACAUCUUAAAAAGCAGAUUGAUAGGAGGGAUGUCAAAUUCACUUUGCAUUUGAUGGGCCAUUGUGUUAAUUAGCCAAUCAGAUAUUUAACACAUAGUUUGUUAAAGCAGUAAUAGAUCAGAGAGAAUGAUGCUAAUUCUAAAAAAAAUAAAUGGCCAUCUUCCAGAAGUUCCCAGAGUCAGUUCUAAAUCCCACAGAGGCUCUUCCUUUAAGAGGAGUCUUCUGGAUUAUUAAAUCAGUUUUCUGUGAUGUCUGAACUAUGAAAUUGUGGUUUAACCGUUGUUUCCAAGCAGUUUGGAAGCCAUGGGAUUUAUCAAGUCAAGAAGUUCCUUCUUUAGUUGAAUGUAAAAGAAGAAAGUGCAUGGUUGUGUGCGUGCGCGAGCUCAGGCUUGUUGCUUGCUCCUAUGGCAAUAAAUUUCCAUUUGUGGCAACAUUGCAUCUGAAACAGGCCUCUGUAUUUUUGUGUUUCACACUGGCCUAUGCGUUCUUUAUUAGAGACAUAGGAAUAUCACAUAGCCAGGAGGAGAAGAAGAAGAGUUUGGAUUUAAUAUCCCGCUUUAUCACUACCCGAAGGAGUCUCAAAGCUGCUAGCAUUCUCCUUUCCCUUCCUCCUCCACAACAAACACUCUGUGAGGUGAGUGAGGCUGAGAGACUUCAAAGAAGUGUCACUAGCCCAAGGUCACCCCACAGCUGCAUGUGGAGGAGCGGAGACACGAACCCGGUUCACCAGAUUACGAGUCUACCACUCUUAACCACUACACCACACUGGCUCCGGAGGAGGCCAACUGGAGGAGAGGGAAGAAGCCUAUUGGAGUGUGUUGAAGCAUGGGAGAUGUCUCCUCUGAGAGCAGGGGCGUGCAUGUGUACCCGAUUCCUGAAUUGCUGGGGAGCAAAGAGCUCUCCCUUCUGCCAUUGCUGUCAGACGACAACUUGAAGCAGGAAAACGAUAUUAUUCUGCCCCAUAUGCAAGGUCAUCCUUGACUUCAUAUUACUGUUCGCUAUGUAAACUGGUUUAGCAGGACAUCUUGGCUGGCUUAUAUUGUGACUGGACUUUUGGACAUGCCAUCGCAAGCCUUCAGAAAAUGGGUUGAGCAGAUGGCCAAACCCCUAUAUAAAUGCCACAUGAAGUUUAUUGCAGCUGCAAGACAUUGACAUCUUGUUAUCACAGGGGAAAAUUAUACUUCAGAACAAUCCUCCUUGCACAUAGUCCCAUGCAAUGGUAGCUCACAUUCAUGGGUUUUCUGAAGUAGUAUUUAAGUAUCAAUACAGUCAUACCUCGGUUUAAGUACGCCUCAGUUUGAGUAUUUUCAGUUUAAGUACUCCGCGGACCCGUCUGGAACGGAUUAAUCCACUUUCCAUUACUUUCAAUGGGAAAGUUCGCUUCAGGUUAAGUACGCUUCAGGUUAAGUACGGACUUCCGGAAGCAAUUGUGUUUGUAAACCGAGGUACCACUGUAUGCUUUUCCUGUAGCUUGCAAAAGCACUGGGCCAUAGCUCAGUGGUAGAGCGCAUGCUUUGUGUGCAAAAGGUCCUGGGUUCCAUCACCAGCAUCUUCAGAUAGGGCUGGGAAAGGCUGCUUGCCUGAAACCUUGGAGAGCUGCUGCCAGUCAGUGCAGACAAUACUGGGCCAGAUGGACCAUUAUUCUGGCAAUGUAUAAGGCAACUUCCUCUACUGAAGAAACCUUUUUUCCCUAUCACAGUGGCUCAGAUGGCCUGUUGUUGUUGUUUAGUCAUUUAGUUGUGUCCGACCCCAUGGACCAUAGCACGCCAGGCACUCCUGUCUUCCACUGCCUCCCGCAGUUUGGUCAAACUCAUGUUCGUAGCUUCGAGAACACUGUCCAACCAUCUUGUCCUCUGUCGUCCCCUUCUCCUAGUGCCCUCAAUCUUUCCCAACAUCAGGGUCUUUUCCAGGGAGUCUUCUCUUCUCAUGAGGUGGCCAAAGUAAUGGAGCCUCAGCUUCAGCUUCAUGGAUCAAUGCUUUGUCAUGGCGAAGGGGCUUGAAUAACUCAGAGAAGCUAUGAGCUAUGCCAUGCAGGGCCACCCAAGAUGGACAGGUCAUAGUGGAGAGUUUUGACUAAACGUUAUCCACCUGGAGAAGGAACUGGCAAGCCACUCCAGUAUCCCUGCCAAGAAAACUCCAUGGACAAAGACAACAGAUGGCCUAUAGGUUACUUCACAUAACCUCUUGUCACGAAGGAAAUGUAUAGAAAUUGAAUUGGGUCAUACGGGAUGAACUAACUCAGCUUUCGCCAUUGUGAGCAAACACAGUCAACUUUAAACGCCUCAUCCCACAUGCACUGAGAGAAUUGUUGCUGCUGUUUUGGGUGCAUGUUGCAAGCCACUUUGAGCAUAAUCGUUUGCAGGAGAGCAGCAUCUAAAUUAAAAUCUAAUCUAUUCGCUGGUGUGCAACCUUCUCUGAAGCUGUUGCCUGGGAUUUGCCAGCGUAGACUUCCUAUGGUGGCGCUGGGGCAAGUCAGGACAGCGCUGGAUUGUGGGUGGAUGGUUCAGUACGGGAUCCUGUGACACAUUGCAGAAUUCAGCAGACCCUUUGCUUCUCAUAACCUAACUCAUCUCCAUUGCUGGCAGACUUCUAAAAGUGAAAGUGAAGUUGGCAUUUCACGCUGAUAGCGUGGCUGUAAUUUAGUGGCAACUCGGAAGAGCAGAAAAUGUUUGCUUUCUUUCCACCUACAUAUUGCAUCCUGUGCUCUCAAUACAACUACGUAUUUUAAUAUAUAUUCAGUGGUAGUAGCCAUAUCAUCAUAAUUCUUUGCCCUACUGUGUAGUAUGUUUCUUCGAGAAGGCGAAAAGCUUAAAUAAAUCCUCUGUGGGAAAGGAAUAAAAAGAGGGAGAGGGAGUUUGCUGAGAGAAAGCCAAAUGUCAUAAUCCAUUUUGACCAAUUCAAGAACCAUAAGCUUUCGGUGAUUAGGCUCGCGGGAAUCUAACUUUGGUAAUGAAAUGAAUUGAAAGGUGUAAUUCCAGGGGAGGUGGUGAGAGCAAGGAUGGUGCAUUUAAAUACAACUCACUGCCAAAAGAGAAAAUAACUUAGUUCUUCCAUUGGCUGGUUUAGCUUUAUGUGGUCUCUACAUGGGCUGCCAGUAUGAAUGGGGUUAAUGGGCAUUAUUAUACGUUUCAUUUCUAUACCACUUUAUAUUUUUAAGAAACAAGUCUCAAAGCGGUUUACAACACAUUAAAACAUCAAACAAAACAAUCCAUAUUUGAAGAAAGUCAAAUAUAAAGUAUACAUUCAAAGCAACGUAAUUAACAGGAAACUUUUAAUUACGUUUAAAGAUUUCGAAAUAAAACAUUACAAAGGAGGUCAACCACAGAAUGCACAUUUAACACAGCAAAGUUAACAAUUUUUUUAAAAAAAAUUUCUUAAACAUUUAAAGAGAAAGCUUUGCUAAAGGAAGUCAAAUAUAAAAUGCACAUUUAAAACAACAUAAUUAGGAAGAGAAUUAAAUAUUGUCACGAGCAUGGAACAUAAAUGCCGCCAAUGAUGGUUCAUGACGUGGGUCAGCCAAGAUGCUCUCUGGCCUCUCCUGCAGCCUCAGCUUUUGUAGCUGGAGUCAGUCCGCCAGGGCCUCGCUCUCCCAGUCCAGGUGGAAAAGGGCCUGCAAGACUGAGAGCAGGUCUUCCAGGAUUCACAGCCAAGAUGGGCAGCUUAAUCAGCUAACGUUUUAUUAACAGAUGCAUAUUUGUCGCCCAAUCGAUAGGUGCAGCUGAGAUCUGAGCAAGUGUACCAAAAGGAGUUAAAGAAUCAUAGAAUCUUAGAGUUUGAAGGGACCCCCCAAGGGUCCUUUAGUCCAGCCCUCUGCAGUGCAGGAAUCUCAGCUAAAGCAUCCAUGACAGAUGGCCAUCCAACCUCUGCUUAAAAACCUCCAAAGGAGGAGAAUCCACAACCUUCCACGGGAGACUGUUCCACGGUUGAACAGCUCUUCCAGAUAUUUUGCACUAGCCCCCAGUGCUCUCCAUCACAGCCAUGCUGGGUGGAGCCGAUGGGAGUUGUAGUCCCAAGCAUUUGGAGGGCACCAGGUUGGGGAAGGCUAAUGUAGACCAACCUGUAGUUUGAUUACAGGAAGGGAAAGAGAAGCAGGCCAUUGAUUUGCUCAAAGGAUUUUGGUCUUAAUGAACGACACAACCCUCAGCAGUUUUCUGAUCUCAUUACUUAAUUGCAUUAGUCUUAUGUGUGGAGCUUUUAGCAGAAACUGUCCAUAGAAAACGGAGGUUCUUGCUGGGUAAUAACUUGGCUGGUCCUGUGCUUUCAGAUACAAAGUGGAGAAGGUAAAUAGUGAACAUUUGGAAAAUGAUUUUGAAUUGAUUACUACCGGUAUGUCAAAUUCGCAAUUAGUUAUGCAAUAGCUGAGUUCUAUGCUUGUUUUCUUUAAAAUCCCAGCUAUAGGCUGAACCUCACAUUUUCCGUGAAUGCGGUUUAAAGUUUUCUUUCAAGUCCUGAACUGCACACCUGCACAUAGAAACGCCAUUUAUGUAUAGGCCACAAUCCAACACGCAUAUACAUAUACAGUACGUUAAUUUCAGUAAGCUCAUUUAUUUUAUGGCUCAUAUUUCUUGGCUGUGAUUGAAUUCUGUAUUGGACUGUGGUUGUAGUUUCUCGGAUGCAAAGAAAAGGCAACUUAAAAAGGGGUGUGUGAUUUUGAGCAGUAUUUUGUUAUACAUUGUGGGUGGAACAUGUCUGCUGUUUAAAGUAAAAAAAAAUAUCUCAAGUAUGUUGGAGCUGUAGGAAGUGAAAUAAGCCUGUGGUCCUGGUAUAAAAUGUUAAUAAAAUGUUAAUAAAAUGUAAAAUGUUAAUCUUUUGACUUGGUAAAAUACGACACCAAGAGCUGAGGGAUAGAUCACAACUAUUUCAUACGUCUUAAAAUUGAGUGUAUUUUCUCUGCAACAGAAAUGUGAGGGGAGAACACGGAAUGUCAAAACAGUGCAAGCGACAGUGAUAUUAUUAUUUUUCCAAACGACUUGAGAAUCCUUUAGGAUAGCAUACAGGACUUUGCCU